UUGCUAUUGCUGCAAACGGCAUAGCGCAAUGCAACAGGGAUCCGGAGUUGAUAGAAUUAUUAAAGUUGAGAAACAAUCAAAUCGGAACAGAAACAUCAAAUGGGCGAAGUAUGAUCGAUGAAUUUGAGGAUUUCACUUUCACUUGUCUCAUUGAUGGUGUUAAAUAAUGUGUUCAUUCCAAUGCAAUAGAAAUUUUUUGGUAACUUGAAGCUGUUCCUUAUGCUGCAUAUUGCAAUUGUAGCAUAUCUAAGGAUAACCUGAAGAGAACUCAAAGAGUAGCAGCAGUGAUGAUGAAUGGAAGCCAAUCCACAGAGAACUCAUAUUUUAGUUCAGACAACAUCACAGAAGCAUUGAGGUAUGCAGUUGUGACUGGAGCAAACAAGGGUAUUGGGUUUGAGACGGUUAGGCAGCUCGCAGCUUCGGGUGUGACAGUCUUGUUGACAGCCCGAAAUGAGAAGCGGGGUACGGAGGCUGUGUCUUUGCUCCACGGACUUGGCUUAUCGAAUGUGCUGUACCAUCAGCUGGAUGUACAAGACCCUCAGAGCAUAGAAGCUUUGGCCAAUUUCAUACAAACCCAAUUUGGAAGACUUGAUAUCUUGGUGAAUAAUGCUGGAGCCUCUGGAGUGCUGGUUGAUGAAGAUGGUCUAAGGGCUCUAAAUAUAGAUCCAGCAUCUUGGCUCUCAGGCAAGGCCACGAACAUUGUUCAAGGGGUGAUUAAAACCACAUACGACAAGGCAAAAGAAUGCCUCAACACAAAUUACUACGGUGUGAAGAACGUAAUACGAGCACUCCUUCCACUCCUACAGCGUUCCACUUCUGGUGCUAGGAUCGUAAAUGUGUCUUCCCUCCGAGGUGAAUUAUGGAGGAUUCCAAAUGAACAAGUAAGAAAGGAACUUGGAGAUGUGGAGUCUUUGAGCGAAAAGAAGAUAGACGGGUUUGUUGAGAGGUUUUUAGAAGAUUUAAGUAACGAUGAACUUGAAGCUAACGGAUGGUCAAAGAUGCUACCAGCUUACAGUGUGUCGAAGGCCAUGCUCAAUGCCUACACUAGAGUUCUUGCAAAGACAUACCCAGAGAUGUGUAUCAACUGUGUACACCCUGGAUACGUUGACACCGACUUGAAUUGGCACACAGGUACAAUGACGUUGGAAGAGGGAGCACAAGGCUCGGUUAUGCUGGCUCUUUUACCUCAAGGGGGUCCCUCGGGCUGCUAUUUUGAUCGAACACAAGUUGGCGAAUUUUGAUCCUGAUUUCCUUUGGAGGGACUCCGUUGUUAUAUAUAAGUUCAACUUGUAAGCUAUCAUUAGGGAGCCCUCAAGUAUGUGUUCUGUUUUUGUGAAGAAGACAAUGUGAAAAGAGGAUUUUGAAUUUGUGAAUAGCUUUUGGUGCAUCGUCACCUUAAGCUUUGUAUGUGUUUAUGUCCAGUAUGGGAAUUGUCUUUGUCUACCAAUUAUGCCAUUUUUUUCGAAC